GAGAGAGGACGCGGUGUGCUGCGAUUUCAUUCCAAUGGACCGUUCACUGUCUGAAUAGAUAACGUUUAGUCUUUAGCUAUACCUAAUAAUGUGUAAAAACAUGAUGUGUUUCAAGUGAAAUAGCUUAUUCUGAUUGCUCUAUGGAAAUGAGACAUCAAAACGUUAUCAGUUGUUGUACGGCGUGGGGACCUCCCACUUAGCGCUUGAAGACGCCUAUUUCACACAAACUGUCUUGUUCAGUGUUCAGCCUAACGGUACCAAGUUGGUUGUAAAUUUACUGAGCUGUUUUGCUCGUGUCAGUAUUGAAUCGCGGACACUCUAACUGGAUACAUUUGAUACAUCUGGAAUCAAUCAGUCUACAAUCUAGGAAUUAAUCCAUAAUCCAGAGACCUGACGUGUUGUUUAAAGAAGUAGAGAUGAAAGAAGGCAAAGGAUAACAUCAUGCGUCCCACAGAGAUGAUAGGCCGAUGGAGCGUGUGAAGAUGUCCCUAAAGACUGCGAAAACAUGGUGCCUUAGACUGCUCCCUGUGGUCCUCUUCUUCGUCUCCUACUACUGCUCCUACGUCUUUCAGAGCUGCUAUGGAGGCACCAGCAAGACUCCUACUCCGACUAAGGCCCUGUGUGGUGGCUGGCCGUCGCAGAAGAAGUGGGAGAGCCUUAACUUUAACAUUAGCCGACAAACACAACUGUUUUUGAAACUGGAGGAUUUCUUCUGGCGAGAGCAUCUUUCAACAUUGACUUUACCUUAUGGUAUAAAGGGCAGUGAGCUGCUUCUGCUGAAAGUUUUAGCCGUUGUUGCCAGCUACAAAAUGCCAGCCAACAUAGAAAAUCUUGAGUGCAGAACCUGUGUGGUAAUAGGAAACGGAUAUGCCAUCAAAAACAGUUCCCUGGGUGGCGUCAUCAACAAGUAUGAUGUGGUGAUCCGUCUGAACGAUGCUCCCGUGAGGGGCUAUGAGGAUGACGUGGGCAACAAGACCACCAUGCGCCUCUUCUACCCUGAGUCAGCCUCCUACAACCCUGGGCUGCAUAAUGAGCCAGACACCCUCAUGGUCCUCAUCCCUUUCAAACAGCAGGACCUCCGCUGGCUCAAAGAGAUCCUCUACGACGAGAAGAGGGUGAGAAAAGGCUUCUGGAAGCCCCCUCCACAAAUCUGGCUGGGCAGUACCAGUCAUAUCCGGGUGCUGGACCCUCACUUCCUGCUGGAGACAUCCAACACCCUCCUCCAGAUCCCACUUAACCCCAAAAACAAACAGAAGCUAGUCCAUCCCACCACGGGGAUCAUUGCUGUGUUUGUGGCCCUUAACUACUGUGAUGUGGUUCACAUAGCAGGGUUUGGAUACCCUGUCGCCAAGAACCAGAAACAUCCAAUACAUUACUAUGGAUACGACACCAUGAAAUCCAUGAAGAAUUCCUAUCAUGACGUCAACAACGAAGCAGAAGCCUUAAGAAGACUCGAGGACUCGGGGGCGAUUGUGUACUUACACGCUCACUCAUGACACACAAGCAUACAGACACACACACAGUUUCUCUUAAGAGAUUACAAAUAAAAUAAUUGCAACAAAGUUUUAUGAUUUUAAUUUAAUUUUUUUAACGCUCUUAUCAAAAUGAUACCACUGGAUAUUUUAUUGUACAGUAUGUAAUUACUUUUUAUUAAAAUGAAAUACAAUUAUA